GGAAGUAAAAAUGGACACUAGACAGGGGUCCCGGGGGAAUUAUAUUAUGCUUCCCGCUGCUGUCCAAUUUACUCGAGUAACUGUUAACGACAUUAGUUUGUCAGCUUUUCCCCUUCGAAAAAUCAUGCAGACAUCUUUAUACCUUCUCGUAGAAACGACUAAAUAUCUAAGCUCAUCGUCUGAAUCAGCCAUGUCUAAAGACGCGGAAAAAUGUAAGACCGAAAACAAGUACCCUUCAAUGAUUCAGAGCGACAAAGCCAACUCGAAAAUGCUGUUGCGCAAGUACCUGACCGAAGAGUUAUUUGAGGCGCUGAAGGACAAGAAAACAUCGCGGGGGGUUACCGUAUGGGAMUGUAUCAACUCUGGUGUGGUCAAUUUAGACUCGGGUACCGGCGUGUACGCUGGCGAUGAAGAAAGCUACUCCGUCUUUGCAGACUUAUUCAAUCAAGUCAUUGAGGACUAUCACUCUCCUUACAAACUCAAAGAUGGACACGUUUCGGACAUGAAUCCYGARAAGKUYGAAGCRCCAAAUCUYGAUCCUGACGGCAAGUAUAUCAGAUCGACGAGGAUACGUGUUGCCAGGAAUCUGAAGGGGUUUGGAUUGGCACCMAGUCUAGGGAAGGAAGAACGGAUUGAUCUGGAGAAGAAGGUCGUUGGUGUGUUGAAUUCCUUGACUGGAGAUCUCGCCGGUACGUAUUACGCACUAACUGGCAUGGAGGAGAAGACRCGGCAGCAACUAGUAGAUGACCAUUUCUURUUCAAGAAGGGAGACCGYUUCCUCGAGGCMGCAGGCUGUAACAAAGAAUGGCCRGAAGGUCGAGGGAUCUUCCACAACAAAGACAAAACCUUCUUGGUUUGGGUCAAUGAGGAGGAUCAGCUUCGUAUCAUCAGCAUGGAGAAGGGUAGCGACAUCGGUUCGGUAUUCAGACGGCUGUGUACAGCUGUGAACGAGAUUGAUAAGCAGCUUGGAUUCCAGCACACCGAGGCCCAUGGGUAUCUGUCAUCUUGUCCCACCAACCUUGGUACUGGUAUGAGGGCCAGUGUUCAUGUCAAAAUCCCUAAAGCAAGCGAACAUCCUGAUUUCCAAAAGAUCUGUGAUGAGUACCACAUUCAAGCAAGAGGUAUCCAUGGUGAACACUCGGUGUCUACUGGUGAAGAUGCAGGCGUGUUUGACAUCAGUAACCGUCGUCGUCUUGGUCUGUCUGAAGUACAGUGUGUACAAGACAUGUACAAUGGAGUCAAGAAACUCUUAGAAAUUGAACGCUCGUUUGAAGAUAUCGACGAAAGCAAAUUCCCUGAAGCYCUAARUGCUCCUGAAGUGAAAUCCCUACUCAAGAAAUACUUAACYCCYGAAAUGUUCAAUGAACUUAAAGACAAGAAGACCGCUGAUGGUGUUACACUAUUUGGCUGUAUUAUGUCAGGUGUCAAGAACCUAGACUCUGGCACUGGGGUAUAUGCUGGUGAUGAGGAGUCCUACACAUUGUUUGCACCGUUGUUUGAUAAGAUCAUCGAAGACUACCAUGCUCCUUACAAACUAGCAGACAAGCAUWCCUCUGAUAUGAAUCCCGAGAAAGUAGACGCACCAGAUCURGAUCCUGAUGGUACAUUUAUCAGAUCAACACGAAUACGUGUGGCGCGUAAUUUAAAGGGCUACGCUCUAACCCCUGCUUUAAGCAAGAGUGCAMGAGUUGAGAUUGAACAAAAGGUUGUUGGCGUUCUGACAUCUCUAACYGGAGAUUUAGCGGGCAAGUACUUUCCUCUUACUGGUAUGGAUGAGAAGACACGACAGCAACUAGUAGACGAUCAUUUCUUGUUUAAGAAAGGAGACCGCUUCCUUGAAGCUGCUGGAGCCAACAAACUUUGGCCUGAAGGACGAGGAAUAUUCCAUAAUAACGACAAAACCUUCUUGGUGUGGGUCAACGAGGAGGAUCAGCUUCGUAUCAUCAGCAUGGAGAAGGGUAGCGACAUUGGUUCUGUAUUUAGACGACUGUGUACAGCGGUCAAUGAAAUUGACAAACAACUCGGCUUCCAACACACUGAAUCACAUGGAUAUCUGUCAUCUUGUCCMACCAACCUUGGAACUGGUAUGAGAGCCAGUGUUCAUAUCAAAAUCCCAAAAGCCAGCGAACAUCCUGAUUUCCAAAAGAUCUGCGAAGAGUACCACAUUCAAGCAAGAGGUAUCCAUGGUGAACACUCGGUGUCUACUGGUGAAGAUGCAGGCGUGUUUGACAUCAGUAACCGKCGUCGUCUUGGUCUGUCUGAAGUACAGUGUGUACAAGACAUGUACAAUGGAGUCAAGAAACUCUUAGAGAUUGAACAAGCCGCCCCUGAGAAAGGAGAAAACAAAUACCCUUUGGUAAUUCAGAGCGACAAAUACAAGUCGAAAAUGCUAAUGCCAAAAUACCUGACACUAGAGCGAUUUGAUGCGUUGAAGGAAAAGAAGACAUCRCGGGGAUUCUCCUUGUGGGAUUGUAUCAACCCAGGCUUAGCCMAUUCGGAGUUGAUCGUAGGAGUAUGCGCGGGAGAUGAAGAAAGCUACGCCGUCUUUGCUGACUUGAUAAAUCAAGUUAUUGAGGACUAUCACUCACCUUACAAGCUGAAAGAUGGACACGUUUCGGACAUGAAUCCCGAAAAGUUCGAAGCGCCAAAUCUCGAUCCUGACGGCAAGUAUAUCAGAUCGACGAGGAUACGUGUUGCCAGGAAUCUGAAGGGGUUUGGAUUGGCACCMAGUCUAGGGAAGGAAGAACGGAUUGAUCUGGAGAAGAAGAUCGUCAGUGUUCUGAAUGUGUUGACUGGAGAACUUGCCGGUACUUAUUACCCACUUUCUAGCAUGGAUGAGAAGAAACGGAAACAACUAGAAGACGACCAUUUAUUGUUCAAGAAAGAAUCUCCUUUCCUUGAGGGUGCAGGUUGCACAAAGGACUGGCCACGAAGUAGAGGAAUCUUCUACAAUAAGGACAAAACGUUGUUGGUAUGGGUGAACGAGGAGGAUCAUCUACGUAUUGUCAGCAUGGAGAAGGGAAGCAACAUUGUAUCUGUAUCCAGACGACUACAUAAAGCGCUGAACGAGAUCAAUAAACACCUUGAAUUUCAAUACACUGAAUCACAUGGGUAYCUGUCAUGUUGUCCUAGCAACCUUGGGACUGGUAUGAGGGCUAGCGUUCAUAUCAAUAUUCCUAAAGCCAGCGAACGUCCUGAUUUCCAAAMGAUCUGUGAWGARUACCACAUUCAAGCAAGAGGUAUCGAUGGUGAACACUCGGUGUCUACUGGUGAAGAUGCAGGCGUGUUUGACAUCAGUAACCGUCGUCGUCUUGGUCUGUCUGAAGUAAAGUGUGUACAAGACAUGUACAAUGGAGUCAAAAAACUCUUAGAAAUUGAACAAGCGCAAACGGCACAUUACUGAAAUUAGAAUAAUAUAUUUGCUUUAUGACACAGAAUCAAGGUUUAUAUAUGCCACCAUCUUGGUUAAACAUGCAAAGAAUCUAAAAGCUUUUUUGUCGUCAUUGACUCGUU